UCCAGAUGGGCCUAUGCUGGCAAUCAUAAUGUGCUCCAUUAUCACUGAAAUAUUUGUUUAGCAAGCAAUAAGGUUUGACUGACAUACAAAAUGGCAUUGCCAACAUAUUAAAGGUUGUCAUGAUGCAACUCGGGCGCCACGACACGAGAACAACCAUUUAAAGUGGUGGACCAUUUUAACAUGUUUUUUCCACCAUAACUGUCAUAUAACUAUCAAACUACUAAACAGCAGGAUGGGUCAGGCAAGGCCAAUGAAGGCAGUUGGAGCAAAGUUCGACAUAAGAUUAAAACUGUGUCAAAGGGCACAAUGAGCAAGAUCCCAGCUUUCACUCGCUGCUCAACGUAAUGCAGAUUUUUAUUUUUAGGGUUUUCCGCCCAAGCUUUUUGUCAGUCUAUAAAAUAGACAUGUUUUUCAAAAUCAUAAUUUUUAUUGUGGCUAUAGGAUAUAUGGGGAUCACAUUAAUACUUGCUCUCAGUCCUAGUAGGAGUUUGAUAUUUCUCCAAAAAGAAGCUCUGAAAGUUAUUGUAAAUAAGACUAAUAUGCUUUAUCGAGUCCCAGUGAUGAAGUGCCUCAGCUGGAGACUUGUAUUAUAUCUGCAAAACGACAGAGGGACCAGACAUUUUACUAAAUUGUAUCUGUGAGAUAAAAUUCAUCCCAGCCCUAAAGUGCAAAGUUCUUUCACGGCAUAAGUGAGUCAGCAAAUGCAUAAAUGUUGAAGAAACGGCAAAUCUGAACCUAAGUUCUGUAUCCAUUAUCUUCCCUUCACCCAGUAUGGUUAAAGGCAACCAAAAUGAGGCCUUGGGGCUACACUUUGUCAUGUUCCUCCCGACCCUGUACACUCAGUGUGACCCUCAGCAGUCCAGGAAAUGGUUACCUCUGGCAGAGUCCUUCCAGGCCGUGGGCACGUAUGCCCAAACUGAAAUGGGUCAUGGCACACACCUCAGGGGGCUGGAGACCACAGCCACAUAUGAUCCAGCCACGCAGGAGUUUGUCUUGAACAGUCCCACAAUCAGCUCCAUCAAAUGGUGGCCUGGAGGACUUGGAAAGACCUCCAACCAUGCCAUAGUGCUAGCCCAGCUUUAUACUCAAGGAAAUUUCUACGGCCUGCAUGCUUUCAUCGUACCCAUCCGCGACAUGGACACACACAUUCCCCUGCCAGGUAUUGUGGUUGGCGAUAUUGGCCCCAAGUUUGGCUUCAAUGAAGUUGACAACGGCUACCUGAAACUAGAGAAUGUGCGGAUCCCCCGGGAUAACAUGCUGAUGAAAUACGCCAAGGUAGAGCCAGAUGGAACCUAUCUGAAGCCACCCAGUGCCAAGCUGACCUACGGCACCAUGGUGUUCAUCCGCUCCAUGAUUGUAGGCGAGUCAGCCCGGGCCCUCUCCAAAUCCUGCACCAUCGCCAUCCGCUACAGUUCUGUUCGACACCAGUCUGAAAUCCGGCCGGGAGACCCAGAGCCUCAGAUCCUCGAUUACCAGGCGCAGCAGUACAAGCUGUUCCCUUUGCUGGCGAUGGCCUAUGCCUUCUCUUUUGUUGGCCAGUAUAUGAGACGGACCUACAACCGCAUCAGUGGAGACAUCACCCAGGGGGACUUCAGUGAGCUGCCCGAGCUCCACGCCCUGUCUGCGGGUCUGAAGGCCUUCACCACAUGGGCAACCAACUCUGCCAUCGAGGUGUGCCGCAUGUCAUGUGGCGGCCAUGGCUACUCCCGCAGCAGCGGCUUGCCGGACAUUUACGUCGAGUUCACCCCUACGUGCACCUACGAGGGAGAGAACACAGUCAUGAUGCUGCAGACUGCGAGAUACCUGUUGAAGAGCUACCGGCAGGCUAAAGCAGGGCAGCAGCUGAGCGGCAUUGUGUCAUAUCUGAAUGAACCAAAGCAUCAGAGGGUCCAGCCACAGCCCGUCGCUGCCAGACCAACCGUGGUCGACAUAAAUGACCUGGCUAGCCUGGUGGAGGUCUACAAACAGCGAGCUGCCAUUCUGGUUGAUCUGGCAGCUAAGAGCAUCGAGCAGGAGUUGCAGCAGAGGAAGAGCCAGGAGGACGCCUGGAACAACAGUGCUAUUGACCUGGUCAGAGCUUCAGAUGCCCACUGUCACUAUGUUGUAGUGAAGCUCUUUACUGACAAGCUUGUGGAGGUCGGUGACACAGCGAUACACUCGGUGAUGUCGAGCCUUGCUCUGCUGUACGCCCUGCAUGGCAUCACAAAGAACUCUGGAGACUUCUUACAGGCUGGACUGCUGAAUGUGCCACAGGUUCUGCAGAUUUCUGCUCGUAUCAAGGAGCUGCUGUCUCAGCUGCGGCCCAACGCUGUGGCACUAGUCGAUGCCUUUGAUAUCCACGACAAGAAGCUGAAUUCGGUCCUGGGGCGAUAUGAUGGCAACGUCUAUGAGAACUUGUUUGAGUGGGCGCGCCGCUCACCGCUAAACUCCACAGAGGUCCAUGAAUCCUUCCACAAGUACCUGAAGCCCCUGCGGUCCAAACUGUGAGCUGACCCCUGACACCUUGAUUCCUGGCUGAGAAUAAUCCACACUGCAUAUAUAAGCACAACUUUAGCCACAUUAACACAUCAUGUCAUUUCUGAUAUGUACCAUUCUGCAGUAAUUCAGCCUCAUCUCUAUAUGUGGUAAAUUGAUUCCAUACUCAGA